GAAACAAAGAAGGCGUUUCUCUUUCGAACACUCAGAAUAAACGGUGCUGCUAGCUCCCCGAAAUACUUGUGAAUUAGAAACUUUGAAUAAUUACAAAAAGCUCCAACAUGGAUGAACUGGCUAACGAGUACUCCGGCAGCGAAGAGAGGAGUGGAGAGGCCUCCAAACUCGGACUCCUGGCCAGGGUGGACCGUCUGCUCCGGCGCUGGCUGCCUGGAUACAGCUUCAUCCGCGGCAGGCGUCUCUCGACAUCGGAAACCUCGAUCGUGCAAGGCACACAGGGGGUGCGUGGACGGCGUAAGCGGAUGAAUAACAAAGAGGAGGUAUACCUGGACACCGGCAUCGCAAAGUCGGAGUUCUGCGUCCACCUGGAGACCUUGCUGCGUAACAAGCUGCUCAAGAAGCAGCAGGAAUUGGCCCUGGAGCAUCAGGAGGGAAGACGCGAGAUGGAGCUGGAGCAGGAACGGCAACUUAACCAACUAGUCCAGCAGUAGGAAAGUCUACCUAUUGAGUUAUUUUUCACUUCAAUUGUGUAUAUAUAUUUUUAAUACCAUCAAUCAUCAAUCAAUCGUGGCGAGGCGCCUCAUUAAAAUUAAUUAAAAAUACUGACUGGCAAUCAUGAAAGCGC